UAAAAGACGGCCAAUCGGUAUUGGAUGUCCGUGACUCCGUGUUGUUUACCACUUCGCCAUCAGUUGACACAUCGAGUUUUGACGGUUAUCCGUUAUCGUCAUCUACCUAUUUUGUAUACUUUCUUUAUAAUCGUGUAAUGUCUAUCCUCAGUGUUUAAUACUUAAAUACCUGCUGUUUACUGUAGUUUGAUCUGCGUCUUUGUGACUCGUGUACCUACCUACUGGCUACAGCAGAUGUACAACUGUGCAAGUUAUACCAAGCAUUAUAGGUACCAGAUAAUAUUUAGUUUAUUGUACCAAUAUCGUAUUGGUAUACCUAACUUGCAACGACUACACACUAAAAAUUACGAUGGCUACAAAACAGUCAUGGACUAUAGGUUUAUUUGAGGAGGAAAACAAGUACUCUGUACUUCCAUCAAAUUGGUUGAUCCGGGUUGGUGAAAAUGUAUUUUGUCAAUGGCCAAAAAAAAGAAUAACCGAUUCAAUGAUUAAAAUGGCAGAAAAGCCAACAAAAGAAUGGACACUGUUUCCGGUAAAAGUUAUUGAAGAAGAUCUUACUUAUGAACAAGCUAUCACAAGAGAAAAAAAAAUAUUUUUACAAGCAUCAGAGUCUGAUAGAAGCUUAGGACGUGGAAAAAGGAAACGAAAAAUGAAAUUUAAAAAGAAUGACAAUUUAAAUGAUGACUUUGAUGAAAGUGAUAGUAGUGCAGUACAAACACCGAUAAAAAUUUUAACUAACAAAGAAAAUAUGAAUGGUAUAUGUGUACCCUUCAUGCAGAACGAGAAUACAUUAUCAAACAAUAUUAUUUCUGAUGCAAUUGAAGUACUGAAUUCUAUUCCAUCAAAUAUGAAUAUUCAAUCAUUUCAACCUGAUGAUUCUGUAGCAACUUCUUCCCAUAAUAUUGACACACAGUAUGAGUUAUUAGAUAAUAAUUCUAAUGACAAAAUAUUGUCUACUAGUGUUGAGACCAAUAUUGAUGUGAAUGCUGCAAACUGCAGUCAGUUUGGACCAUGUAGCCAAAAAAAUUCAAUCCAUUAUUUUGACGAUUUGAGAAAUGUUUAUGGGAAUAGUACAAACUUGGAUGAAAUGGUUGCAAAAACUAUUGAUUUAUGUAUUUCAACUAACUCUUAUGUAAAAAGAAUUGAUGCCCGAAUUGACAAAAUAGAAAAACUUCUUGAAUCUAAUACAGCAGGCGGCUAUUACCGCAAUUCUCAACAGAUGUUCGAUGAAGACUUUAUCUCUCUUUUUCCAAUGAAAGAUAUACAAACUAUUAAUGAUGUUGAUACAAAAAUUAAAAAUGAUUCUAAAUUUGAAUGUCAAAUGAAAGCAUUUAUUACUACUAUUGGUGGUACUGACAUAAAAAAUUUUGUAAAAAGAAUUCUUCAUCGAAUGUUCACAAACGAAUUAUCUUCAAAAUGUUCCUGGACUGGGUUCAGAACAAAUUACAAACUAGAAAAUUUGAAAUUGAUGAGUAUUAUAAAAGACAUUGCCAGAGAACAUUUCAAAGGAACUGAUAUAUCUUUUGAGAAUCACGUUAAAGAUUGGUUUAGGCACGGUACUCAACGUUUAUCCAGAGAAAAAGAACGGCAACAAUAAAUGAACAAGAUUGUUU